AUAUAAAAUAGAGAAGGUAGGAAUGAUCAUUUUUUCUUUUCUUUUUAUCUUUAUUAUCAAGAUUUUUGGACCUAGGCUAAUUUAUGCCGGAAUUAUGACCUGCUAAUAAUUUGAACAAUGUUUGAACAAAUAUUAAUGAAAAUGAGCCUGUUUUCAGAAUGUUUGAAGAACCAAACAACCUUUGCCGACUAUGUUUGAGCGAAGAGUCCCUCGUCAGCAUUUUCGUGGAAGAAAGCUGCUAUCAAUGGAUAUUGGAUUAUCUCUCGAUACAGAUAUCCGUAGGAGACGGAAUGAGUGAAACGAUUUGUGCUCUCUGCCGCCUAAAAUUAGCGGAAUUCCAUCAGUUUCGAAACCGUUGUCGGGAAGUGCAAGGUGUACUUCUGAAUAAACUAAAAAAGGCUCACAAACAAUCGGCCAUCGACGCAAAAAGAAAACCUAAAAGCCCGAAAAAGUCAAAAACAAUACAGUGUUCUGACUGUUUGAAGGCGUUCAAGUCCAAGAAAGACCUAUGUGAUCAUGCACGAUGCCACAGAAAAAACAAUCGUGCCAAUGCUAAACAAUUGCACUGCAGUGAAUGCCCAAAGGUGUUCCAAUCAAGGAAACAAUUAACGGAUCACAGGCGGUAUCACUUUGCCAAACAUGCAUGUCCACGCUGUGGAAAAGCGUUCGCUAAACGGACUGAUCUGCCUAGGCACUUGAAAUUUUGUACCCGACGCAAGUCGAAACAACCGAAGCAUUCCAAAGAAAACGAUGAUUCUAAUACGACAGAGCUCACAUUGGAUCAACUUCAAAUGAUGAAAGCAGAAGGCUCUGGGGAACAGAAUAGUAGCACGGAGAUCACACAGCAGGCUGUAUACACGCAAAAAUCAGAUAUAAGUGAAACAUAUGAAAAUGUAUUUGCAGAGGAUUUAGAUCUACCAGGAAAUCCAGUAAAAAUAGAGUUUUUUGCAGAUGAUGUUUAAACCAUCAAGUAACAUACAUUUAUAGGUAAUA